AUGGAAGAGCUUCAACAUUUCUCCCAUGAAUGUUCAUUGACCUUGCCCAAGAUUGUCAAUGGAAUUUGCAGCAUUUGCCUCAAAGAUGACCAUGUCGACUUCACCUGUAAUUUUUGUAGUUUUCAUAUAUGCAAAGCUUGCACUCAGCUGCCGCAGAAGGUGUCACAUGAUUUCCAUCCGGAGCACGCUCUCGAGUUCUGUCUACGCCAAUAUGACCGGAAACCUGCACACAUCGUAUGCUCAGGAUGUGGGAUCAUGUCUUCUGGUUCUUUCUACCAGUGUAGAGAGUGCGAGAUCUACUUAGAUCUGGCAUGUGCGACUCAGGAGAACAUCUUCAGGGCCUGGGACUUCAAAGAAUUGCUCCAUGACAGCCAUAUUCACUUGCUUAAGAGGUGCAGACCAGGACCAGAUGCUAGAGGCUCUUGCCUGCUCUGUGAGCUUCCCCUCUUUCCCUACGCUCUAUGUUAUGGUUGCGUUCAUUGUUACUUGUUUUUUCAUGAGCGUUGCAUUGAUAUUCCGAGAGAGAUUCAACAUCCUGCUCAUCCUGCUCACUCUCUUAAGCGCUUUGAUUAUACCCAAAGUCGUGCGUGUGAUGCAUGUGGGUAUAAUAUCACCAGUGUCCCAUUUGGUUGCGUAGAAUGUGGAUUUGAUCUUCACCUGAGGUGUGCAGAUUCCUUGUUACGAGGUCUGAUACACAAGUCUCACCACCACAGGCUGUUUUACAGAACCAGAGCCCGCAAGUAUUUGACAAAAGAUAUUCAGUGUCAAAUAUGCAUGGAAAGUGGUGUGAUAUUUCUUGAUUCCUAUUAUCUUUGUGUGGAAUGUCAUCUGGUUUUCCAUUUCGAGUGUCUUGGUAUUCCUGAUUCGGUAUUCAAGAAAUCAUGUCACACACAUGCGCUCACAUGUCAAAUAUUCCUAGCCAAGGACGAUUAUGCCGAGUAUUGUGGAGUUUGCGAGACAAUGAUACACGUAGGGCAUCAUGCUUAUUCAUGUGAAGAAUGUGAUUUUGUUGGCCACAUUGAAUGCAUUCUACAGGAGGAAAGUCCUUCCCCGCUCUACUUGAAAGAUUUGUAUUCGUGUGGUGCUGAUGCCACACGAGCAACAAACCGUGAAAAUCUUGAAACCAACAAUUCAGAUAACAAACUCAUGGUUAUUGGUUAUGAGCAUAUUCAUGUGAUGAGCCCUGCGUUACCCAUGAGUGAGAUUUCUGGUUACGAUCCAAAGUGCUUUAUAUGCCGAUCACCCAUAUAUGGUAGCCCUUGUAGUAAAUGCGAAACAUGCAACCUUCAGACGCAUAGUUAUUGCGCAGAGCUAGGGCGGCCGUUUAGGCAUCGAGUUCAUCCAAAGCAUGCUUUGACACUCUUUCCACAGCCAUACGCACCAGAAGGGAUCACUGUAUAUUGUGACAUUUGCUCAUGUAAUAUAAGAGGGUACAAUCUCUUGUGUCGCAUAUGCAAUUUUAUCAUCCAUACUGAUUGCAUAUUCAAAAGUAAACAUUUCUACGGAGAGAUACAAAGUGGGCAGAAACUCUUUGCAAAUUGGAAGGGUUAUUGCACUCGAAGAUGGCAUGCCCGCGUGUUUCAAGUUAUUGUUUCAAAGUCAAAUCUGAUUCUUUGCGUUGUUUGUGGUGAGAGAGCGUGGGGAAAAGUUGUGUCAUGUUUCAAUUGUGAAGAUGUAUAUCAUCCUGAGUGUGCUUUUGAUGAUAGGGUAGUCGAUCAUCCACUCCAUUCUAAUCACUUGCUUUCAGCUUUACUCAUAAGUGGUGGAUCUAAAUGCGUCGCCUGUAAAGAGGAGAUUGUCAAGUAUGGCUAUAACUGUAGCACUUGCCAAGUCAAUUUCCAUGUGAAAUGCAUCAAAGCCGUGAAAAAACCAGAAGAUAUCGGGUUGAAAUUUCACACUCAUCAUGAUCUCUACAACUUCUGGGUUGAAGAUUCACGGUUGACUCGAUCCUGUAGAAUUUGCAAAAGACCAUGUGGUGCAUCAUUCUAUGGAUGUAUUGAUUGUAGUUUCAGUGCCCAUGUUGAGUGUGUUGGGUUUCCAGCCAGUGUGAAGAACCAAGUGCAUCAGCAUACUGUCGUGGAAAACAAUUGUAAUGCCUUGGAAUGUUGUUCUCUCUGUGGAUCAGAGAUUGACGAUGAUGACUCUCACUACUCAUGCAACCACUGCAAGGAUUUGUUUCAUCUGAAAUGUAUCAUGUCCAUGAAUGACCGUGAAGCUGUUUCAGAAGAAGAACAAAUUAAAGACAUCUAUCUUAUGAACAUUGAGCGUGAUCUCUUUCGCCUGCUCCCACCUGAAGAGGUCACGAGCAGUGACAGUGAUACUUCUUAA